ACUUCAACUCCUGCGAGAUCUCUAGAUAUAUACAUUUAAUAUAUACAGAAAACUGUUGUUUCAGAAGAAAAAGAAGCAAAAAUGGCUAUGAAAUUGAACGCCCUCAGUCUGCAGUGCCCAAAAGGAAACAGCUUCACAAGGGUGGCUCCUCCUCAAGUAGGGAGGGUGGUGAGAUCAAACGUGCCCAUGGCUUCAACUCUUCAUGCUAGCCCCCUGGUGCUUGAUACGCUGAAGGCUCCAAGGCCUCACGUGGAUGAGAUAUUCACCUCUCUGGAAGGUUGGGCCAGGGACAACAUCCUGGUGCAUCUGAAAUCCGUUGAGAACUCAUGGCAGCCACAGGACUAUCUGCCUGAUCCGACGUCUGAUGGAUUUGAAGAGCAAGUGAAGGAGAUCAGGGAACGGGCCAAGGAGAUCCCCGACGACUACUUCGUUGUUCUGGUGGGAGACAUGAUCACUGAAGAGGCACUCCCAACUUACAUGUCCAUGCUUAACAGAUGUGAUGGCAUCAAGGAUGAGACUGGCGCUGCACCUGAUGCUUGGGCAACAUGGACCAGGGCCUGGACUGCUGAGGAGAACCGCCAUGGCGAUCUCCUCAACAAGUAUCUUUAUCUCUCUGGCCGAGUUGAUAUGAGGAUGAUUGAGAAGACUAUUCAGUAUCUUAUUGGCUCCGGAAUGGAUACAAAGACAGAGAACUGUCCCUACAUGGGCUUCAUCUACACAUCUUUUCAAGAGAGGGCAACAUUCAUCUCCCAUGCCAACACAGCCAAACUCGCUCGGCACUACGGUGACAAGAGCCUAGCUCAGGUCUGUGGCAACAUUGCCUCCGAUGAGAAACGCCACGCCACUGCCUACACCAAAAUCGUGGAGAAGCUGGCUGAGAUUGAUCCUGACACCACAGUGAUCGCGUUUGCUGAUAUGAUGAGGAAGAAAAUCCAAAUGCCAGCUCAUGCAAUGUAUGAUGGCUCGGACACUCUGCUCUUCAAGCACUUCACAGCCGUGGCACAGCAGAUUGGAGUCUACUCGGCAUGGGAUUACUGCGAAAUAAUUGAUUUUCUCGUGGAGAAGUGGAAUGUGCAGAAGAUGACGGGGCUUUCGGAUCAGGGGAGAAAGGCUCAGGAAUAUGUUUGUGGCUUGGCUGCUAAAAUAAGGAGAGUUGAGGAGAAGGUUCAGGGGAAGGAGAAGAAAGCUGUGCAGCUGCCUGUCUCUUUCAGCUGGAUUUUCAACCGUCAGAUCAUGAUAUGAUGAGUGACCCGGAUCAUAGUUCAGUAAAACUUUUUAUCUUUAGUAUUAUGUAUCUUUAGUAUUAUGUUGUCAGUCUGGUUAUGUAAACUUGUUACCAAAUGAAUGUUGGAUGCAAUAAUGCUUGGUGGUUUAAGU